UUUCAGUCGUAUUCAGUCCACGAUACAGUUCACUGUACAGCGAUUAUAAAUAAAACUGUAUGAAAGUUGCCAAUAAUAAAUAGCUUACAGAUAUCAGACGGGCGUUGUUUUGUUCCGCGUGCGUUGCGGGUGUUUUAGUGUAUUGUGGAAAGUACCCAUUUACUAGUAUAUUUAUCAACAAGAGUAUCAGACAAACAUCAAGAAACAAUGAACAAGGAGAUAGAGUAUGAAGAGGAUCAGUAUGUAGACGUGAACAAACUGCCGCUGAAGCCGCCGCAGCCGCAGUUGCCGCCGGAGCGCUCGCAUCGUCGUCCGUGGCACCCCGUCAUGUGGGACGACUCCAUUACUGGCGGCUUGGCGCCUGACCAAACACUAACGGCAGAACAACAGAACCAGCCGACGUCGCACGAGUACCCGCACAAGCAGCGAAUCCGCAACCUCCGCCGACUGAUCGCCGACGGCAAGGUGAAGCCCACGUCCGAAACGCUCAUCUUUUUCCUCUGCAAUAAAUUCGCAGUCUCGGAAGAACGACAAGAAAAGAUUUCCGUUUGAUAUUUGUAAAUAUUUCAAAUUAUUUAAUUUGUGAAAAUAAAAUACACAUGUAAAUAAUUAACAAAAUCGUCACUUAUAUGUACUGAAAUAACCGUAGCGGAAAGUUAACGUCGUCGGGGUGAUAAAUACAAAAAAAAUAUUUUGUAAAAAUCUAGCCUUUUAACUUUAAUGUCUCCUUAUCAUAAGAAAUGCAGUUUAUUGCAGUACCCUCGAAUAUUAACAUAAAUCUUUUAUUCAAUAUUAUUAUUACACAUAUUAUUCAAGUUCGAAUGUACAAAAGCGUCGCGAGCCGCCGCGUCCGCGCGUUUCGCUCUCCGCGA